AAGCAGUUCAGUACCAACGGCAGCGAAAGCAUCCACAGCGUCGCUAUCCAUUUCCUCGUGACGGCCAGAGCGAUUGACACGGCUGCUACCAGUCUGACUCUCUCGAGCCCGACACGAUCUUUGCACCGGGUGACUCGGGAAAGGGGGAGGCGAGCGGCAGCAGCACAGGCAGGAAUGGCGGGGCUCGCGGUGUCGGCUUCCCCAGCUCCGGCGCCGGCGUCCUUCCGGCCGGCGGCGGCGGCCUCGCGCUUCGGCCCGUGUGCACAGGUUGCAGGACCUGCUGCCAAUUUUAGAACACGAGUUUGUGGACUGAGAUGUUUGAUCGCUGCAAAGCUGAAGUUCCGGAAGGCCUUGAAGAGGCAUGGAUGGCAGCUUCGAAGGAAUCUAGAAGUCCGAGCCAAUGAUAAAGUGCCUGAUUGGUUGGAGGCUACACCACUGACUGAGAAUAUAAUGUCUCGGGACGUACAACUCGCGUAUGAUUCUGGAGGUGAAACAUCAAAUACAUGCCCUGAUACUUUGGACAGUUCAGUCAUUGAGCAAAGUUCAAUGCAUCACAAACUUAACCCCUCUGAAACCCAUCCUCCUGUGCUGAAGGAAGACCCUGUUCUAUUCGACGACCCACCUGAAAGCGCAGCGCCUCUUUGCAUUGCUGUAAUUGGAGCAACUGGUGAACUGGCAAAAAAUAAAGUGUUCCCUGCACUAUUUGCUCUGUAUUACAGUGGUUUUCUUCCUCAGAAUGUCGGUAUAUUUGGGUAUUCUAGGAAGACACUAACGGAUGAAGAUUUAAGAUCCAUGAUUGAAGCCAAUUUGACCUGCCGGGUUGACCACCACGAAAACUGUGAUGAAAAGUUAAAUGAAUUUCUUAAAAGGACAUACUAUAUAGAUGCAGGAUAUGACAACAAAGAUGGGAUGGUGAAACUAAAUUCCAAAAUGUCACAGAUAGAGGGUAAUUGUGCAGCAAACAGGAUAUUUUACCUUGCUGUUCCCCAAGAGGCACUUCUUGAUGUUGCACUGUCACUAGCUGACAGUGCCCAAACUAUGCAAGGCUGGAAUAGGAUAAUAAUUGAGAAACCAUUUGGCUUCACUGGUUUGUCUUCACAUCGGGUAACACAAUCACUGCUGUCAAGAUUUGAGGAGGAGCAGAUUUACAGGAUUGAUCAUCUUUUGGGGAAGGAUCUGAUUGAAAAUCUCACCGUCUUGAGAUUUUCUAAUUUGGUGUUUGAACCUUUGUGGAGUCGCACCUAUAUACGCAAUGUACAGGUCAUAUUUUCUGAAGAAACAGCAGCAGAAAUCCAAGGGAGAUACUUUGGAAAUUAUGGCAUAAUUCGUGACAUAGUGCAUAGUCACAUUCUUCAAACAAUAGCACUAUUUGCGAUGGAACCACCUGUAAGCCUUGAUGGAGAGGAUAUCCGAGAUGAAAAGGUGAAGGUGCUCAGAUCAAUUCGACAGGUGAACCUUGAGGAUGUUGUUCUUGGUCAACUGAAAGAUACCUCUGUGAAAGUUGACAGAUAUACAAAAUCAUUGACACCAACCUAUUUUGCUGCUGCCAUGUACAUUGACAAUUCGCGUUGGGAUGGAGUACCAUUUUUGAUCAAGACAGGAAUUGGGCUCAUGGAAAAUAGAGCUGAGAUUCGUAUUCAGUUUCGCCAUGUUCCUGGCAAUAUCUAUCGUGAACGCUUUGGCCAUGACAUAGAUCUUGACACAAAUGAGCUGAUCUUGCGUGAUCAACCUGAAGAAGCCAUCCUUUUGAAAGUCAACAAUAAGGUCCCAGGACUUGGGCUCCAGUUAGAUGCUUCAGAACUCAACCUGCUUUACAGGGAUAGGUACAAUGUCGAACUGCCAGAUUCGUAUGAGCAUCUUCUUCUUGAUGUGCUUGAUGGAGACAGUCAUCUAUUCAUGCGCAGUGAUGAAGUAGCUGCUGCAUGGAACGUGCUAACUCCACUAAUCCAUGAGAUUGAUCAGAAUAGAAUAGCUCCUGAGCUCUACGAGGCUGGGGGUAGAGGACCCGUUAAUGCGUACUACCUUGCUGCUAAACAUGGGGUCAGAUUGGAUGAUGAAUGGUGAGGGGGGAUAACUGGCCUAAUUGCUCCAAAUGUAUUGAGAGAUUCUUUUCGUUUUUAGGUCAGCAAUGUACAGUCCCUCUUCUAUUACCAAACCUGAUUGACAAAUUUCAUCAAGAAAUGCAACAAAAAUAGAAAUGGUUCCUUUCCUACGUUGUCACUGUUGAAGGUAUAAGUGUCUUUUCCCAUUAUUAUA